AGCAUGCCCUCACUUGGACGCAACCUGUUUCAGUUGCAACAAGAAAGGGCAUAUCCAGAGAGCCUGCCGAAGCAGUGGUAAGACUUUUUCUAAGAAAAAGCAGACGAAAAAGAAUGUGAAGAUGCUGACGGUUGUGUCGCGGAAAGCUUCGACCCUCAGUCUAAACGGCGUGUCGGCAGCUCAGAGCGACCCUGUCACCGUGCAGAUGACCAUCGACGGCGUCUUGGUGAACAUGGAGCUAGACACGGGAGCGGCUGUUUCCGUCAUGUCAAAGACGCAGUUCCGUCAGCUCUUUCCUUCGGCUGUAGUGGAGCCUACGACAGUUCAACUUCGUACCUACACAGGAGCACUGGUACGACCCCAGGGAGUCUCUUCGGUCAACGUGCAGCACGGCGACCAUUCUGCAAUUCUCCCACUCUACGUCGUAGACCACAAAGGACCACCUCUACUGGGCCGGGAGUGGCUGCACGCAGUCCGGCUGGAGUGGGCGAAAAUCUGGAACCUGAACAACAUUACAAGGUCUGACACUCCUACUCAUAUCAGCGUAAAAAAGAGGCUAGACGCAUUGCUGGCGAAGUACCAACCCCUUUUCGAAGACGAGUUAGGCACGAUAACGGAAGAGCGCGCCGAACUUUUUCUUAAACCUGAUAUGAAGCCGAGAUUCCUAAAAGCCAGGAAUGUUCCGUUCGCGUUGCAAAAAGCUUUUGAGGCUGAAUUGGCUAAAAUGGAACAGCUCGGAAUUAUAUCGCCGGUUACGACGUCAGAAUACGCUACGCCUGCGGUACCCGUAAUCAAGCAAGAUGGUAGCAUACGGAUUUGCGGCGACUACAAGACGACCGUUAACCCGUGCCUUGAUGUCGACCGCUAUCCAUUACCGAAGGUAGACGACCUGUUCACAGCCUUGUCGGGAGGUAAGCACUUCUCGAAGAUUGAUCUCAACUGGGCCUAUCAGCAAGUGGUCAUGUCCGAGUCGUCAAAACAAUACCUCACGUUGAAUACGCAGAAAGGAUUGUUUGCUGUUAAUCGACUCGCAUUUGGAAUUUCGUCCGCUCCCGGGAUUUUCCAAAGAAUAAUUGACACCAUGCUGAAGGGCUUACACGGGGUUUGCUGCUACCUAGACGACAUUCUGGUGACUGGUAAAAAUGAUGAAGAGCACUUCAUCAAUCUGGAGGCUGUGUUCAAACGACUUCUAGAAAGAGGCGUUCGUGUCAAGAAGGAGAAGUGUUCGUUUUUCCAACAGGACCUUUGCUACCUCGAACACAGAAUCAGCGCACAAGGCAUCUGGGCAACGACGGAGAAGGUUGACGCACUCCUCAAGGCUCCAGCCCCUAAAGACAGGCAGCAGCUGCAGUCGUUCCUGGGAGUCGUCAAUUUCUACGGCAAGUUCCUUCCUAACCUAGCAACGGUGGCGCAACCAUUUUUCAGACGCAACGAGCUCACAGUUCACCAAGGCUGCAUCAUGUUCGGGAUGCGAGUGAUCGUGCCGGCAAUGUUGCGCAACUUGCUGCUGGACGAACUCCACGAAGGGCACCCAGGCAUCGUGCGCAGCAAGCAACUGGCGCGCAGCUACGUGUGGUGGCCGUCCAUCGAGGCGGACCUCGAGCAUCGUGUCAAGGCCUGCUCCGGCCCUGUGUCUUUUACAGUUCGUGCUACCCCACCCAGAGGCAGUUUCACCUGGCGUCGUCACAAGGACCAGCUGCUCGCGCGGACCACGGAUCCAGACCGCGAGGCAUCUGACCAAGAGGGGUACGAGUUCCUGGCGUUCCCACCAAGCGUCGACCCAGUGACAUCCUCCGCUCCUACCACCAGUGGUCCUGCCGUUUCGCAAGAGAUCCAGACGGUGGGUGCAAGACGCUACCCGACUAGAGACCGUCGACCACCGGACAGAUAUCAAGCUGGAGUUUAG